AUGUUUUCUGCCUCUCGUUCUGAUACAUUAUUCCUUGGAGGAGAAAAGUUGAGUGGUGACGAUGUGCGUACGCAAAACGUGCUAGCAACACAGGCUGUGGCUAACGUUGUCAAGUCUUCUUUGGGACCAGUUGGUCUUGACAAGAUGCUUGUCGAUGACAUUGGUGAUGUCACCGUGACUAAUGAUGGCGCUACUAUUUUGUCACUUCUAGAUGUUCAACAUCCUGCAGGAAAGAUUCUUGUGGAAUUGGCCCAACAACAGGAUAGAGAAGUUGGAGAUGGUACCACGUCUGUCGUUAUCAUAGCCUCCGAGCUUUUGAAAAGGGCAAAUGAAUUAGUGAAAAACAGAAUUCACCCAACUACUAUUAUUACUGGCUAUAGAUUGGCCCUCAGAGAGGCCACCAAAUUUAUCAAUGACGUGAUGUCGCGUCCUGUGGAUUCCUUGGGAAAGGAAACGUUGAUCAACAUUGCAAAAACUUCCAUGUCUUCAAAGAUAAUUGGUCCUGAUUCGGACUUUUUUGGCAAAAUGGUUGUGGAGGCCAUGUUGGCUGUCAAGACUACAGACUCUAAAGGUGAAAUAAAGUACCCCGUGUCGGCUGUGAACAUAUUGAAAGCUCAUGGUAAAUCUGCUACCGAGUCCGUUUUGGUUAAUGGCUACGCCAUGAACUGUACAGUUGCAUCCCAGGCAAUGGUGAAGGAGGUCAAGGAUGCAAGAAUUGCUGUGUUGGACUUUGGAUUGCUCAAGGCAAAAAUGGCAUUGGGAGUUCAGAUUAAUUUAGAAAAUCCCGAUCAAGUCGAGCAAGUCAAGCAAAGGGAACAGGAAAUGAUUUUGGAUAAGGUGAGAAAGAUCAUCAGUGCAGGCGCCAAUGUCGUGUUGACAACCAAAGGUAUAGAUGACCUUUGUUUGAAAGAGUUUGUGGAACAUAAAGUGAUGGCUGUGAGACGGUGCAAGAAGGAGGACUUGCGCCGGAUAGCUAGAGCCACAGGUGCCAACUUCAUCAGCAGUAUGACUAAUUUGGAAGGAGAGGAAGGCUUCGAGGCCAGCGAUCUUGGUCUUGCCGAUGAAGUGAUACAGGAGAGAUUUUCGGACGAUGAAUGCAUCCUUAUCAAGAAUCCAAAGAACCACUCUGCAUCAUCUAUCGUUUUAAGAGGCGCAAACGAAUACUCAUUGGACGAAAUGGAAAGAUCUAUUCAUGAUUCCUUGUCUGUGGUGAAAAGAACAUUGGAAUCAGGUAACGUGGUUCCUGGUGGAGGUGCCGUGGAAACUGCAUUGAACAUCUACUUGGAGAAUUUUGCUACAACCGUUGGUUCCAGAGAGCAGUUGGCGAUUGCCGAAUUUGCCGCUGCCCUACUGACAAUCCCGAAGACUUUGGCUGUCAAUGCUGCUAAAGAUGCAUCAGAUCUUAUUGCCAAGUUGAGAUCGUACCACGCUGCUUCUCAACAAGUGUCAGAUGCCGACAUCAAGCGUAAGAACUACAAAAAUUACGGUUUGGACUUGAUAAAGGGAAAAGUUGUGGAUGAGAUACACAGCGGUGUUCUCGAGCCAACAGUGUCCAAGAUCAAGUCUAUGAAGAGUGCUUUGGAAGCCUGCAUCGCCAUUCUUAGAAUUGAUACCUUGAUCACUGUUGAUCCUGAGCCCCCUAAAAAAGACCCUCAUGCAGAGUAA